GUUUAAGUGGACAGCUCUAUGUUUCAAGCACAGAAAGAGAAUGGCCAAGAUAUUGUGCAUUUUGUCUGCAAUAGUUUUUGUCGUGAAAACUGACGAUGUCAGCGAAUUUAAUGCAACUAUCCCAGCCGUUAACAUGACAUUGAACUCUACUGUUAACAGAACGAUAGCUUUUAAGACGCCUGUGUUCUCAUUAUUCUCCACCACCACCACAGCCAAUAAACCAGUUUUGGGAAAGAAAAAUAUGCGAAAGAAAAAUGCAGAUGACAAGCGCAUCGAUCAAGACGAGGAUGGAAAACAUGAAACCAAGAAUGGCACAGCAGACGCAAAGAAAGAACCGGACUGUCCCCCGCUGGGUCUGAAGUCACUGAGGGUUGAUGACAGCCAGUUCCAGGCUUCAUCCUACCUGCGGAUGGGACUUGGCCCUCACAGGGCAAGACUCAAUAUACAGUCAGGUAUCGAGGACGGAGACAUGUAUGAUGGCGCGUGGUGUGCUAAGUAUGAGGACCAGCACCAGUGGCUGCAGGUGGAUGCUCUGCGCCCCACGCUGUUCACAGGAGUCAUCCUGCAGGGACGCAACUCCAUCUGGAGCUGGGACUGGGUUGAAACCUACAAAGUGCAGCUGAGUAACGACUCCGAGACCUGGAAGACCUGCAUGAACGGAACAGAGGAGGCGGUGUUUGUUGGAUCCCGAAAUGAACCUGAGACACCCUAUCUGGCCCUCUUCCCUCAGCCCGCGGUGGCUCGUUGGAUCCGCAUCAACCCCCAGACCUGGUACUGGAACGGGACAAUCUGUCUCAGAGCAGAGGUACUGGGAUGCCCCCUCCCAGAUCCGGACAACGUUUGGCAACACUUCUCUGAAAAACUGUCUGGCUCUAAAGAUAACCUGGACUUCAGACACCACAACUACAAGGAGAUGAGGAAGCUGAUGAAGGCUGUGAAUGAAGAAUGCCCUCGUAUCACUCGUAUCUACACCAUUGGGAAGAGCUACACCGGACUGAAGCUGUACGUCAUGGAGAUCUCUGAUAACCCCGGAAAACAUGAACUAGGUGAGCCAGAGUUCCGCUAUGUGGCAGGUAUGCAUGGCAACGAGGUGGUUGGCAGAGAGCUGGUGCUGAACCUCAUGCAGUACAUCUGUCGGGAGUUUAGACGAGGCAACCCACGCAUCGUCCGUCUGGUGACCACCACACGUAUCCACCUACUGCCGUCUAUGAACCCUGAUGGAUAUGAAACAGCCUUUGAAAAGGGGUCAGAGCUGGCAGGUUGGGCUCUGGGGCGCUACAGCUACGAGUGGGUCGAUAUGAACCACAACUUCCCCGACCUGAACAAUAUCAUGUGGGACGCCAAGGAGAAUGACACAGACAUGGUUAAAACAGCCAACCACUACAUCCCCAUACCAGAGUACUACACUAAAGAGGAUGCCUUCGUGACCCCAGAGACACGUGCGGUCAUCAGCUGGAUGCAGGACAUCCCCUUUGUCCUGAGUGCCAACCUCCACGGGGGAGAACUGGUGGUUACCUACCCCUUCGACUGCACCCGGGACUGGGCCCCUCAGGAAAACACCCCUACAGCCGACGAUAGUUUCUUCCGCUGGCUGGCCACGGUCUACGCCUCCACCAACCUGGUCAUGGCCAACCCUGAUAGGAGGAUCUGCCACUCUGAAGACUUCCAACAGCACAACAACAUCAUUAACGGAGGAGCCUGGCACACUGUCCCUGGGAGUAUGAAUGACUUCAGCUACAUGCACACUAACUGCUUCGAGGUGACGGUGGAGCUGUCGUGUGACAAGUUUCCUCAUGCCAGCGAGCUUCCUACAGAGUGGGAGAACAACAAGGAGUCUCUGCUUGUCUACAUGGAGCAGGUUCACAGAGGCAUCAAGGGAGUGGUGAGAGACAAGAUGACGAAGAAAGGCAUUGCAGACGCCAUUGUGAAAGUGGAAGACCUGGACCACGACAUACGAUCAGCGGCUGAUGGGGACUACUGGCGUCUGUUGAACCCCGGGGAAUACAAAGUGACAGUGUGGGCGGAGGGAUACUUUCCCUCCAUGAGGCGAUGCAACGUCGGGACCGAAGCACGCCCCACCAUCUGUGACUUCAUCUUGAUCAAGACUCCACGGCAGAGGAUGAACGAGAUCCUAGCUAAAGGGGGGAGGUUACCCCAGGAUCUACAACUGAAGCUGAGAGCACUGAGGCUCCGGAAACUAAGAGCCUCCACCAAGGCCAUCAAUCAGCGGAGGAAGCACAGCCGCAAGGCCAGGGGAACACGGUUCGCUAGGGCACCACGCCCUCUCACACCCCUGGCCUGAGAGACAGCGUCUCUAAUGACACCCUAUUCCCCACAUGGCUCUGGUCAAAAGAAGUGCACUAUAAAGGGAAUAGGGUGCCAUAGGGCUCUCUGGUCUAAAGUAGUUCACUAUAUAGGGAAUAGGGUUCCAUAGGGCUCUGGUCUAAAGUAGUGCACUAUAUAGAGAAUAGGGUGCCAUUUGGGACUCAACUUGAGGCUUUGAAACGACCGGGGUGUUUAAGAUGGACUACAUUGUAGUCAGCGACUACAGACAGACUGAAAUACAAAACGUCAAUGAGAAGUAAUUUUUAGAAAGGUGAUUUGUAAAUCCGACUGCAAUGUAGUCGAUCUGAAACAAGACACAGCGGCUUCAACACAAGUCUGUAUUCCCAGUGAAUGUUAUGAUUUCAGAUUUGAAUAGCAGAGUAGUACAGGGAGAUUUAAUGUGCUCUAACUAGCUUGUUGGGACAGUGGUCAACAUGGUCAGUUGUUUGUUAAAAAAAGGUAGAGAGAUAAUGUAGUUGAUGAGGCUGUAUCUUUAUAUUGGUAGGAAUAUUUCAUACCUUCUAACUAGUUGUUUGGCUUGUUGGGAAAGUGGUCAACAGUAGCUAGGUUUCCAUCCAAUUGGCGACAGAUUUUCAUAUGCAAAUAUAUAUAUUUUAAAUCUGCAUAAAGAAAAUCUGCAUAUUUUCCCACCAGUGGUGUUUCCACCAAACUGGAUUGGUUGCGGAUAAAACAUCAGUCCGUGAUAACGUAGUGCGCACAAAUAGUACGUUUUCACUUAAAGGUUUUCACGUUACCGAAUUAAAAAUCAAAAGUUCAAUGUUUUUUCCAUCGCAUUUUCAACUCGUGUCGAUAGUUUGUUGCUCUGAAUAGCACACGUACGUACUCUAGCCAACAGCUCGGGUAAAGCCAUCUACAUGAUCAGAUUAUUAUGGAUCAGAGAGAAGAUAUGUUUGUUGUUGUCGACCCGGCAGUCAAGCAUCGAUCAUCAUGUCACCAGACUAAGGAACGUCCAGCUCACAGCAUCCAUUCACCACCCUGUGUUGUUCAUCAUAAAUCAGUUCAUCUGUAGCCUAAUAAACUACAUGGUUUCCCCGAGUCGUAGUGAGAGGACCACACGUCAAUAUCAUCUCGUGACUCCCAACUUUUCUUUGAUACGGUUCGAUAGAAAUUAUAUCAAUAUUUGCGCAUAAAAUACGCCAUUUCUCGCAUAAUUUAAAUUUUCCCGACAAAAAAAAAAGAAGAUGUUUGUACUGAAACGACCUGUUUCCAUCACAGUUUCAAUUUGUCCAUUUUUUGUUUUAAUACGGUAUGACUUUACUGAAAUAGACACUGUGAAUGGAAACGUGGUUAAUGACAAUAGGAGUCUGCAAGACGGCACAAAUAGAUCUGGGACCAGGCGUGUGAAUAUUCAGUUUAGUUUAUCCUCGCCACUGGUCUUUAGUACAGCUGUUUUUACACUAACUAUGAACAAUAUAGAAGAAGACCUUUUAUGAUGACGAGGGGAGGCCACGGCAGUAUCAGCUGGUCUGAUACGUUGUAUAUCAUUGUGUGUUUUGACUAUUUCAUUAAAGGACAAUUUGGGUA